UUGCCUCAAGCACUCAGGGACGCUAUUUUGCUCACGGGUGUCGGCAUUGCCAUGGCGCUGAAAUCCGGUGUAUUCGCUUGCCUCCUCCUUGCAUUGCGCGUGAGCUGCGACAACGCCAUGCCACAGGAGACUGAGAAGAGCCGAGUGCCUUUUCCCGAGAACCUCAAGGAGACUGAGAAAAGCGGCUCCACCAUCCUUGCAUUGGGCUCUGGAGCUGAACACACCAACCGUACAGACAUUGCCUCACAAAACGUGAGCUUGAACAACGCCCCGGUCCAUCAGCUCAAGGUAGGAAGAUGUUCGUGCAGGGCUAAUACCUGCGGCACCGGGGACCAUCCCAGGUGUUGUAGAUGUUGUCCGGCUUGGUCGGAAGCGUGCUACAGGAGGUAGGUGUUCUGUAUGAGGCCGCCAUCACUCUGCCAAUUUUGGUGAAGGUGCUUGCGAAGGCUUGCUCUUCCAAAAGGACGAGUUGCCAGACAGUGCUUUGAGCAGAUCCUUUUGUCAUUGAAAA